CACCAAGUAUAAUACAAUAUAUAUUUUGUGCUAUUUAUAAUGGCACAAACGUGGAGGCGGUCGUGGUGGAAGAUACUUGCCUUAGCCUUGUGCGCAGUAAAAUCACUCUUUCGCGGUGUAAAGACAGUAUAUUUUUCAGUCAAUAGAUCAUACGCGUGGAUAGCGCCAGUCGGAUCACGACCACGUCUAACGCAAAUUGACAUAGUUCAAGUGGAUUCCAUGGAGAAAAGGAGAACCAAUCAGAUGACAGAUGCUGUCACUGUAGAUUCACCAGUUAAAAAACAUUUCAGUGAUUUGCUGGAGAAUAAGGUUGAAUUAGAACAAAGUUACAAAAGGAUUGAAAGCAGAAAGAGACAAAAUGCUGAUGCUGAACUUGACGUCACGAAUUCAAAUGAAUCCAUCAUUAAACGCCCACAAGAAGAAUCACAGGAAAUGGCGAUUAAAAGCUCUUCCAGGAAAUCAAAAUCAACCAAACAAGAAAUUGCAUACGACAAUGAUUACAUUCAAUUGGAUUAUGACACCAAAACUCAACCAUUCAGGCAUAUUGAACAGGGCGAUAUCAAGAUACCAAACUUCGCAAACACAUGGAAUGCAAUCGUAGAUAUGAGACAGGCCAAAGACGCACCUGUUGACACCAUGGGUGCCCAUUGCUGUGCAGAUGCAACCCAGAGUGAACGCAUAUAUCAAUACCAGACGCUCAUAGCAUGCAUGUUAUCUAGCCAGACGAAGGAUGCUGUAACUGCAGCUGCAAUGGAUGCUUUGAAGCAAAGAGGCUUAACCCCGGAAAACAUAUCCAAGAUGCCAGAGGAUGAACUAGACAGCUUAAUAUCUAAAGUGGGCUUCCACAAAACAAAAGCUAAACAUAUAAAACAAGCAACUGAAAUGAUAUUAAACAAGUUUGGAGGGAAAGUCCCAGACAACAUAGAGGACCUGGUAACACUACCCGGUGUAGGUCCUAAAAUGGGCAAUCUAGUUCUUCAAAUCGGCUUCAAACGCAUAAAUGGAAUAGCUGUGGACCUCCACGUCCACAGAAUUGCCAAUAGGCUACAGUGGGUAAAAACAAAAACACCCGAAGAAACAAGAAUUAAACUACAAGAAUUGAUACCCAAGAGACUAUGGGCAGAAGUUAAUCAUUUGCUAGUUGGAUUUGGCCAAACUGUUUGCGUUGCAGCUGGACCUGGAUGUGGUACAUGCGGAGCCAACACAUGGUGCCCUGUUGGAAAGGCAAACCUGGCCAAAAGCAAUAAAACAUAAUGCAG